AUGGACGAUUCCGCUCGCCGGAGAACUACUUCCCGCCACGAACCGCAUUAUCGACGGCGAUCGUGGUGUUGCUACUUCAAUGCCCCUCCUUCCAGUCCCGAAAACCGCUCUCUCUACUCCUCUAACCACCACCAUCAGAAAAUGCGUCAACAACAAACAAAACCCGAUUUGCUCUCAAAGCCCGCUUACAACUCGGUCCCUAACUCACCCCAGAGCGCCAAAUCCGGGUUAACCAUUGUGGGUCGGAUUGACCCUCGUCGUAUCUUGUCCCCGGGCCGGGUUUCCCCUAUCGACUCCGAUCCCAUUGUGGGUUCAAUCCAAAAAAUGUCCCACGAACCAAUACCGGUCGUUGAUUCAAUGCCCAAGUCCCGAUCAGAGAGUUUUCGUGCCCCAACGAUUGGGAUUCCAGGGCCGGGUCAAUAUUCGGGACCCGAUUCUGGUUCGGCUGGUGGAGAGGAGAGGGAGGAGGUCUAUGAUGCGAGGCUCAACAUGAAGGGAAAGAACGGCGCGGUUUUAGUUUUGGAGCUCAAUUCGGAGGUUUUGGCUGCGAAUUCGGAGGUUUUUGCCGAAUUGAUAUCGGAGCAUAAAAGGGGCUCUUCUUCAGGUUCGAAUAGAAUGUGUAGAAUAGAAGUACCUGAGGUGGAUAAUUUGGGGGUUUUUAGGGAGACAAUAGAACUCAUGUUUGAGGACGAUGAGAACAUAACCAAGAAACUCUUGAAGAUGGGUGUUUAUAGAGCUAUCGAUGUGCUUGAGGUGCAAGAAAGGGCUAGACAUGAGGGCACUGGAGGAAGCUUUGGGGCAGACGCUUCUUACUCUUCCUCUGAAACAGCAGUAUGUACUGUUUAUGGAAUGGUUGCGAUAUUUCUCCAAGCACGGUACUGA